CCCUACCUCACCCUUCACGAGACCCCCACACUACUCUUACGGCUCGAGGAAUCAUGAUCUGUGUGAGUCUUCCUUUAAGUUAACUGCUGCUGAGGGUGGAGUUUAGAUAUGCCUUGUACUAAGAACAGCGUAAGAUCACCAAUAUAUUUCAUGUAGUGAGAGAAAUACAAGUCUCUAUCUUUGUUUGGACAUGGGGAGAUAUGGGUGAUAUCUGGUGGAUCUUCCUUUCCAAGAGGAGGUGGGAUUUGGUGGGUUGGAAAUUGGCUUAUAUUUCAGUACCUUGCUGGCUAGUAGAGUCCAUUUGGAGUGAAGAAACCGAGACUCCACCUCCUCUGCCUUCUUCUUCUCUAGCUCUUGGCCAUUGUUGGGAGGGGGGAAGCUCAUGGCUGUUGUUGCAGAAGCCCAAUUCCAUGUGCUGGCUGUGGAUGACAGCCUCAUGGACAGGAAACUCAUCGAGAGGCUCCUAAAGACUUCUUCCUUCCAAGUCACCGCUGUGGAUUCUGGGAGCAGGGCUCUUGAAGUCUUGGGGUUGAGCGAGGACCUCACAAGCUCCGCAGCCGUCUCUCCAGCUCACAAUGAGAUCGAGGUAAAUCUGGUCAUAACAGAUUACUGCAUGCCUGGGAUGACAGGGUAUGACCUUCUCAAAAAGAUUAAGGGUUCAUCAUCUUUGAAGGACAUCCCAGUAGUGAUCAUGUCAUCCGAAAAUGUGCCUUCCAGGAUAAACAGAUGCCUGGAAGGAGGAGCAGAAGAAUUCUUCCUGAAGCCAGUGCAGCUCUCAGACAUGAAAAGACUCAGGCCUCACAUACUGAAGGGGAAAUCAAAAGAGCAGCAGCUACAACAAGAAGAAACCAGCAUCACCAGCAACAAAAGAAAAGCCAGGGAUGACGAACUCUCACCAGAGAGGAGAAGACCGAGACUGUCUAAUAAUAGCUUGAUAUGAUUACACACAUUCAUCAACCAGAAAGAUCAUUAGUUCCUUUUUCAGGUAGCAUUAGUGUUGCCAGGAAAUUUACAUACAAAUACCUCCAAAUGAUGCAAAUUUUGUGCUGCUCGAAGCUAUCGAGAAUUAGGAAAUGUAAAUUGUUGAAGGAUGAAGUCGAUAAUAAACUAGAUUUAUGAAAAACUACAUCGAGUUGCCUCA